GCACUGCAGUAGUACAUGCGUCUCAUCAGCCCCGCUAGUUAUUACCCUCCAGCUCCGGCGAUCCGACGGGUGACCGCAGGCAACCAGGGUUUUGAUAUGAAAUCCCAGAGAAGAACGUGAAAAGGGGGAUUUCGCAAGCCCGGCUUUCUCCUCCAACCCAAAACGCUAGAAAACUUGGCGUCACGAGUGGGAUUGGAAAAAGCAAGCUGCCUCGACGCACGGUGGGCCCGGCUCUGAAGUCUUCAAAGAAAAGUGGCCACUAAAAGGUGUGCCAUGCAGGAGCUGACUCUGUGACCGCAAAAGUAGCAAAGACAACCUCUCUCUUGACUGCCUGGAGGUGAGUCCCUGUAUGUGCAGACCCAGUUGGAUGAACUUUAAUUCUUAGAUGACCAACAUUACAAGAAACCAACAGUAAGGAGCACUUGGGAGAUCCUGAGCGGCUGAGACACAUUCACCUCCGUCCUUGCAGCUGCUUAUAAGGUUUCUGGAGUCCCCCGUGUCUCCCUUACCAGCAACAAAGCCAGACUAGGUGGAGUAGGCGCUCAGCUGCUGCCUGGCCAAACCAAACUCCUCACCAUGGACGUGGAUGAAGAGGAGAACAUGAGUUCGAGCAGCACCGAAGUCAAGGAAAACCGAAACCUGGACAACGUGUCCUCCAAAGAGGGGAUGCCUGUGGCAGAACAGCUCCCCAACGGAAGUGGUGGGGGCAGUCGCAAGCGGCCCCUGGAGGAGGGCAACAAUGGCCACACACACUCCAAGUUCCGGGCCAAGAAACGAAAGAAAACGCCAGGGCCGGUCGUGCCCAAGAACGCCCUGAUGCAGUUGAACGAAGUCAAACCAGGUCUUCAAUACAAGCUGUUGUCUCAGACAGGACCGGUUCAUGCACCGGUCUUUGUCAUGACAGUGGAGGUAAAUGGCCAGCUGUUUGAGGGCAUGGGCCCAACAAAGAAGAAGGCUAAACUCAAUGCAGCUGAAAAAGCGCUACGCUCUUUUGUCCAAUUUCCCAAUGCAUCUGAGGCGCACCUGGCCAUGGGCCGUACCCUAACAGUCAACACAGAUUUCACUUCCGACCAGGCUGACUUCCCAGACAUGCUCUUCAAUGGCUUUGAGACACCAGCCGCUUCCGAGGACAGCUACUACCUAGACCCCAAUGGAAGCAGCUCCUUAAACACACUAGGGGAGUACCCACUGCCCGUGCCCCCAGGCAGCAACCUGGUCCAGGCCCCACUGCCCCCUCCGUCCUCAAUCAGCUCCCCCUCCAGCGGGAAAAACCCAGUCAUGAUCCUGAACGAGCUCCGACCAGGACUUAAAUACGAUUUUGUGUCAGAGAGUGGUGAAAGCCAUGCCAAGAACUUUGUGAUGUCAGUGACCGUGGACACACAGAAGUUUGAAGGCUCAGGGCGCAACAAGAAGCUGGCCAAGGCCCGUGCAGCGCAGGCCGCCCUCUCGGCUCUCUUCAACAUGCAGCUAGACCAGACACCAUCUCGACAACCCAUACCCAGAGUAGGACUGCAGCUACACCUACCACAGGUCCUGGCAGACUCCGUGUCCCGCCUGGUGGUGGGUAAGUUCUGUGAACUGACAGACAACUUCGCCUCCCCCCAUGCACGGCGGAAAGUCCUGGCAGGGGUUGUCAUGACAACAGGCACAGACGUGAAGGAAGCGCAGGUUAUUUGCGUUUCCACGGGAACCAAGUGCAUCAACGGGGAGUACAUGAGCGACCGCGGCCUGGCUCUCAACGACUGUCACGCAGAGAUCAUCUCCCGCCGCUCACUCAUCAGGUACCUCUAUACCCAGCUGGAGUACUUCCUCAGCAGCAACAAGGAGGAGGACCAUCAGAAGUCGAUAUUUGACCAAUGUGACAAGGGAGGAUACAGGUUGAAGGAUAAUGUUCAGUUCCACCUCUACAUCAGCACCUCCCCCUGUGGAGAUGCCCGGAUCUUCUCUCCACACGAGGCUGCAGUGGAAGACCAAGGGGACAGGCACCCCAACCGGAAAGCACGGGGCCAGCUGCGGACCAAAAUCGAGUCCGGUGAGGGAACCAUCCCUGUGAGGUCCAGCAACACCAUCCAGACCUGGGACGGGGUGCUACAGGGAGAGAGGCUACUCACCAUGUCCUGUAGCGACAAGAUCGCCAGGUGGAACGUGGUGGGCAUCCAGGGCUCCCUGAUGAGCUACUUCACAGAGCCCAUCUACUUCUCCAGCAUCAUCCUGGGAAGUCUGUACCAUGCCGACCACCUGUCCCGGGCCAUGUACCAGCGCAUCGCAGACAUCGAGGACCUGCCGCAACAGUUCACCCUCAACAGACCUCUCCUCAGCGGUAUCAGUAACGCAGAGGCCAGACAGCCCGGCAAGGCACCCAACUUCAGCGUGAACUGGACAGUGGGUGACCAAGCCCUGGAGGUGAUCAACGCCACCACGGGGAAGGAUGACAUGGGCCGCGCCUCACGCCUCUGCAAGCACACCCUCUACAGCCGCUGGAUACGCCUGCAUUCCAAGCUGGCGUCCACCCUGCGGAUCAAGAUGUCCAAACCCAGCUCCUACCAUGAAGCCAAGCAGGCAGCCUUGGAGUACCACUCUGCCAAGCAGACGCUCAUCAAGGCUUUCCACAAGGCUGGCCUCGGCGCUUGGGUCAAGAAGCCCAUCGAGCAAGACCAGUUCACCCUCAACUCCUGAGGGUGGGUAGGGGCAGAGGGAUCACCCGACCCGACCCCCGUACCACCCCCCAAAUCCUCACCCCUGACCCAGGCCCAAAAAGAAAAUGAGCCCCCUUCUUUAAGAACCAGCCGCUCAGACUUUCACGUCCAUCCCACGCUGUGCACAAACCUUGUGCGCUUGUUCUUCGUGGGGAAAGUUUUACACCCCCCCUCCCCCCGUCCAUCCCUGUCACUUCAUUUUCAUUCCGUACAGUACCUCAUCCUCUUUUCUCAUGCUGUCCAUGUUUAUUUAAAUUUGCGUUUUUACUGUUUCGACGAUACUCCGAUUCUAUUCUCUAUUUUUAACUGGAAUCUGUAAAGAAUUUUAUGCCCGUCAGCUGUUUUAAUUUUUGAACAGUUUGUGCGUUUCUGCAACAGUCAAAGAAAUGAAAUAAGGGAUGCACCCAAAUAAAAUGAUUGACCCGAGACUCAUUUAAGAAAAAUAGUAGAAGGAAAAAAAGUUUCGGAUAAUACCAACCGAAUUUUCUUGACUUAUCCUGAAAUUUAUACCCUUGUGCAAAUUAAAUGCAUUUUGCUUUGGAUUAAUGCUUUUGAACUGAAAAUUCAAAUUCAGGCUAACCAGUUAGUUUAAGGUGAAAUCAAGUCCGGAUACUGACACUCGCAGAGCUUACCUUUCCAAACUAAAACCAGUAAUUGUGGAGCUGAAAAUUUUACCGUUCAUGUAACAAGGUAAUCGUUAAGGUUGAAAUUUAAUUACUUUUAAUUUAAUGAUGCAUAUGUCUUUAGGAUGUAAAUCUAGUGUUGAAGAGUAUACGUAAUGUAGUUGCACUAUGAUGGUUAAUUUGUAUCAUUUGGUGUUUCCCUACGAUAGAAACCUGCGUGUUCCCUAGCAGCUGUAUUAAAGAUAAACAUGCUCCAAGAUAUUGUGG